AUGUGGCGUCAAUAUUUCAGUCGGCAAAAGACUAAUGCUAAGAAUAAAAAGUUAAAUGAUGAGAUCAAUGAUACGAAUAAAGAUAUUCCAGUCGGUGUUUUACAAUUGUUUCGAUUUACUGAUCGUAUUGAUAUUGUUCUUUUAAUUCUUGGUCUGUGUUUCAUGUUGGGACAUGUAGUUGGUGCUAUCGCAAAUGUAAUUCUUUUUGGUCGAAUCACGGGAUUAUUUGCCACUACAUCAUUUGCUGUUGAUUGUACUAAUCAAUAUAAAAAUUUCGUAUCUACAAUUCUCAAUAAUACUGUAUGUCCUUUUGGUAUUGAUCUUAAUCCAUUAAAUUAA